UCUGUAGGGACUUUCCAAUUAAUGAACAUCACAAAAAAUUUCAGAUUAAUGGUCACCAUGAGAAUUUUAAUUGGCUGAUGCUGAUGCUCUGCGCAGCCUAAUUCCAAAAUCCCAGCCUAAUAAUCCUUCUUUAUUUGGCUUUGAGCUUUUCUCUUAUCCACAAAAUCAAAUCUUCUCCAACGGCUUUGUGUGGCCUUUAAUUCCCAGAUGACUUUUUCAUCAACCCCACUUCUGUCUUCGUCUGUGUUUUCGUUUUCAAUAAGCUCCUCCGCUGAAUCCCUGUUCUUUACUCCUUCAAUUUCCUCUGCAACUGUUUCAAGAGAUUCUGAGUUAACCCAUGGAAAAAAAACUGGCGGGUUCGCCAUUCCCGCCAUUUGUUAUUUGAAAUUCGGAAUUGGUUAGAUGGGGUUUUAUUAAAAGGGAAGAAAAUGGAGAAUUUAUCGCAGAGAGAGAGCAUUCUUUUGGGUUAUUCGCUUCAGAGAUCAUUCACUAACCCUUCUUCAUCGCCGAGAGCUUCUAAUCGGAACUCAGACGAUGUUGAUUUUCACGACGUGUUCGGUGGUCCUCCGAGGAGGCGGUCAUCGGUUCAUGAAACGCGGUAUAGCUUCUCCGAGACAGGGGAUUCCUUUGCACUGAAAGGCGGCGAUGAUGAAGCACUGCCCGGCCAGGGUGGCCCCUGGUCCGGUUUGAAUGAGAAACCGGUGUUUGGAGAAGAAGGUGUACACGGGCGGCGAUUUCCGAGCAAUGAUUUUUACGAUGAUAUAUUUAAAGGCGAUGACUCGGUGAAUUCUUCUCCUCGCCGGCAUGAGCGUGACAUUUUCUCUUCCAUUCCUGGUUCUAGGGUUCUAAGUCCGGCUAGACCUCUUCCGCCGCCGGCAGAACCCUUCGGAAGUUCUUCCCUCCCUGCACAAUUAAGCCUACCAUCCAGAAUGGCCAAAGGGACCGAUUUACCGGCAUUCGGAUCGAGCUCGUUAAGAAACAAGGAUGUUGUUUUGAAUGGAAGUCAUACGAAUUCUCCUAGGUUCACUCUUUCUAGAUUUUCUUCUAGCACCUCGAGCAAUCGUUUCGAGGAUCUUAAAACUGAUUACAAUUUGUCGGACCGGACUUGUGUUUUGUCAUCUGAAUCCCAAGAACAUGGCAGUGAGGGAGCAUCGUCCUUCAAAAAACCUGAUAAUGCUUUGAGUGGGAACAGUUUAACGAAAGGAGUAGAAGAUGGUUUAGAAGAAUCAAAUGGUGGUGGUCCAUUUCAGUUCCAUUUCUCAAUUUACAAAUGGGCAAGCAAAGGGGUGCCUCUGAUGAUGCCAUUGAGAGGGAACGGGUCGAGAUUAAGAGAAAAGACUUUGCUUAGAAAAAGCUCGAGCUCGACCGAUAGGGUAGUUAAGUCGAAAAAUGAAAUGCAUUCCCCAACAUCGACUAUACAGACUAUUGAUUUUCCUCCUGUUUUUCAUGAAACGACGAAGGUCGAUGAUGAAAAGGGAACAGGUUUACUGCCUUACAUAGAUGUUGAUCAAAGACUAAGCUCAUCCGCACCUUCAGAAAACUUGAGCAGGCAAAGUUCUCGUAAGGAUGUUGGCAGGGAUAAUAAUAUCGAUCAUCAAACGGAAAAAGAGAAACCUCAUUCUUUGCCCGAAAAAGUUCCAAGUGAAAGUUCAGAGAAAAAGAUGAUUUCGACGACAAUCGAAGAUCAAAAGAAUGAGGCUAAAUCUCUAAGCUCCUUUCUUCUCUACAGUGACAGUGAACAGAUUUCAUUUCAUGCAGGUGAAGAGGGGAUAGCCAAAGAGUAUCGUAAAGGGGAAACCAUGGCGAAAAGUGACAUGAAAUCAUCAAUUCUUUCUGAUUUAAGUAGUAGCCCAAAGAAACAGGACAAACAAACUUCACUGAGAAAUUCCAAAGUGAAAAAACCAACUCCCCCAAGUUCAGACAUGGAAUCUGGGCAUAACAUUAGCAGAAAGAAAGUUGGUGGAAAAAUUUCAGAGUUUGUUAAGCUUUUCAACCAAGAACCUGCGUCGAGACCCCGAGAAGUAGUUAAUUUAGAAAACGACAACUUUACAAUGAAACAGGAAAGUGCUUCAAAAGCUCAAACAGAAGCAAUUGUCAAUAAAAUAAGGAAAGAUGAGAAGCCCAAGUUGAAUAGUAACACAGAUGCUUCCAUCAAGGGAGAUGAUGUUUCCAAGCAGUCAGUGGAUGAUCACUCUUCUAAAAAAACUGCUAGCAACAGAAGUAGCUUUGCUUCUUCCAAAGAGAGUAGUCCAGCUCCAAACACUGUUCACGUUCCCGAUGUCGCAAAGUCUACAGUUCCAGACGUGGAGGAGCCCUUCCAGGACAAUUUCUCAGUAAAAGAGCUACCACAAGACUACAGCAACUCCGCAGAAACAAACAAUGGUCGUGAAGAACUACAAGCGAUCGAGACUAAAAUACGGCAAUGGUCAAACGGGAAGGAAGGGAAUAUACGUUCACUGCUGUCAACUUUGCAAUAUGUUCUUUGGCCUAAGAGCGGAUGGAAACCUGUUCCUCUCGUUGAUAUAAUCGAAGGGAAUGCAGUCAAAAGAUCUUAUCAGAAAGCUUUGUUAUAUCUACACCCUGAUAAGCUACAACAGAAGGGUGCUUCAUCAGAUCAAAAAUAUAUUGCAGCAAAAGUUUUUGAAAUAUUACAGGAGGCUUGGACUCAUUUCAAUACGCUGGGAGAAUUGUGAUAUAUCGGCAAAAUGGAAGGGAAGGAAAUGAGGUUUCAGAAAGAAGACCAUUUUGGAAAGUUGAUGACCAGAGCUAAUUAAUUUUUCUGGAUUUGGGCCAUAAAUAGAUGGGCUUGGCAUCUGGAGAUUUAAAAUAGAAGCCCAAGAAUAGGGGAUCGGAUGGGCUGAAGUCCACAAAACGAAGACCAUUAAGAGGGAUAGAUAGAUCCAUUAAAUCAAAUUUAAAUUUAAAGGAAAAAAACAAAAAAGUUGAUGAUAUUUCAGUGGAGGCGAUGAGGUAGCCGUUGGUUACCCACUAUUGAUGUU